GAGGCGGUGGGAGCGCGGCGCAUGCUGGGAGUGGCUGUGUGCUCCCGGCGGCGGCAGGUGAAGUCGAGAGGGGAGAGGAGGCGAGUGAGCAUCCUGUAUCCUCGCAGUCGUCGGCGGCCGGCUUUACCCCGGUGUAGCUAGGCCUUCCUGCGAGAGGAUUUGAGUUGGUCGAAAUGAACAGUCGUAAAACCAAGGGUAACAGUGCAAUACAUGCAGAAUGUCUUCCACAGGUACAAAGAAUUUUACGUGAAAGAUUUUGUCAUCAGAGUCCACAUAGUAACUUAUUUGGAGUGGAAGUACAAUACAAGCAUUUAAUUGAGCUACUCAAAAGAACUGCUAUCAAUGGAGAGAGUAACUCUGUACUUAUUGUUGGACCAAGAGGAUCAGGAAAAACCAUGUUAAUAAAUCGUGCUUUGAAAGAACUCAUGGAAAUAAGAGAAGUGAGUGAAAAUGUGUUACAAGUUCACCUAAAUGGACUGAUGCAGAUAAAUGAUAAAAUUGCUCUGAAGGAGAUCACAAGACAAUUAAAUCUAGAAAAUGUAGUUGGAGAUAAAGUCUUUGGAAGCUUUGCUGAAAACCUUUCAUUUCUUCUGGAAGCUUUAAAAAAAGGUGACCGUGCCAGCAGUUGCCCGGUGAUCUUCAUAUUGGAUGAAUUUGAUCUUUUUGCUCAUCAGAAAAACCAGACCCUCCUUUAUAAUCUUUUUGACAUUUCUCAAUCUGCACAGACACCAGUAGCAGUUAUUGGUCUUACAUGCAGAUUGGAUAUUCUGGAACUCUUGGAAAAGAGAGUGAAGUCACGGUUUUCUCACCGGCAGAUACAUUUAAUGAAUUCAUUUGAUUUUCCACAAUAUAUGAAAAUAUUUAAAGAACAAUUAUCUCUACCUGAAGAAUUCCCAAAUAAAGUUUUUGCUGAGAGGUGGAAUGAGAAUGCUCAGUCUCUCUCAGAAGACUCAACUGUGCGUGAAGUUCUACAGAAACUUUUCAAUGUCAACAAAAGCUUACGGUCAUUACAUACGCUGUUGAUGCUUGCUUUAACUCGAGUAACAGUAUCACACCCAUUUAUGACUUCAGCAGAUCUGAUGGAGGCACAGCAUUUGUGUAGCUUGGAUUCUAAAGCAAGUAUUAUACAUGGGCUAUCAGUCUUGGAAAUCUGUCUUAUAAUAGCAAUGAAACAUUUAAAUGACAUCUAUGAAGAAGAGCCCUUUAAUUUUCAAAUGGUCUAUAAUGAGUUUCAGAAAUUUAUUCAAAGAAAGGCCCAUUCUGUUUAUAACUUUGAGAAACCUGUGGUCAUGAAGGCAUUUGAGCAUUUACAACAAUUGGAAUUAAUAAAACCAAUGGAAAGAACUUCAGUCAAUUCACAGAGAGAAUACCAGCUAGUGAAACUACUUUUGGAUAAUACUCAAAUUAUGAAUGCCCUACAGAAGUACUCCAACUGCCCUACAGACGUCAGGCAGUGGGCAACCUCCUCACUAAGUUGGCUGUGAACAUUUUAAGUACAUUUCUGUAAAGAACUAGAAGCUACUGCCCUCUAUCUAACAAGAUGUUAUUAUAUUCCUUUGUUUAUAAAGAUUGUUUAUGAGAAA